AUGCCUGGGAAUGUGGAAGAAGUAGACUCGAUCAAAGAAUUCAAAAUAUCUGAAAAGGAGGAAUGUUACCGGAGAAUGCAGAAGAAAGGCAUUAAGGGAAUUGCUCAUUCAGAGAGCUGGUGCAAGCAGAAUGGCCCAAAGGAUCUCCUAUUGCAGUCUAACAAUUCAAUGAUCCUGAAUAAACUUCCACCUUCUCUUCAAAAUACUCCGAUAUUGACAUCACCUGCCAUCCAAAUGCCAAGAGGUAUAUCCUCAAUGAACAGUAAUGUUGUCAAGCUGACCAUAAGAACAGGAGCAGGCCACACAGACGUUCAGGCUGCGCUACCAUUCAGUUUCCUGGCGAAUCAUCUCAGGCCACUGGAGAACACAAGAGUUCCUUACAGUAGUGUCCGAGGCCCAACUAUCCACAACUGCUUCAUUGAUAACCUUUCCUCCAUCGUACAGUCAGAGGAUGUUUGCACAAUGUUCCUUCAGAACGUGGACACUAAAACCAACAGUGCCCACGUGCAGCAAGAUCCAGUAUCUAUUGCGGAGAAGAACAUCGAAGCUAGGGAACCUGAGGAAAUACUUGAGGUGCUGGAGGUCUUAAAAUGCAUAAACCUAGAUAAGUACCCAGGAUCCGAUAAGAUAUUUCCCAGAAUUUUGCGGAAGAAAAUAGCUAGGUUCCUUGUUGAGGAUUUGUAUCAUCAGCAGUCACAGCAAGGACCGACUGGGGACAAUCAGCAUGGCUUUGUGUACAGGAAAUCGUCUCUCACUAACUUGAUUGAGUUUUUAGAACAGGCAGCAAAGAAGAUCAAUGAAGGCACAGUGGAAGACAUUGUCUACAUAGACUUCAGCAAAGUGUUUGACAAAGUUCCACACGAUCAAUGCAAAAGAAAUAGAACCGCUAGUAUUGAAAAGCCGGAAUGCACACCGAAAGGAGGGACGGUGCAAACAAAUGGAAGGUUCCAGCUUGUUGGCAAGUCUGAAGCUGGUGAUGGGCGGAAGGUGGAAGUGACCCCCACAGCCUUCCUUAUGACUGUUUGCAUCUAUCUCUGGCAACUUCGAUGGAAUCGAAAGGGAGACAAGAGUUUUCAUCUCCCUCGCCCUCCAGGGUCUAUGGGGCUUCCGAUAAUUGGUGAAACAUUCCAUUGGUUCUUGCAGGGCUCUGGUUUCCAUGCCUCCAGAAGGAAGCAGCACGGGAAUGUGUUCAAGACCCACUUGCUUGGCCGGCCAGUCGUGCGUGUCACUGGUGCAGAGCAUCUUCGUCGGUUGCUGCUGGAAGAGCACAAUUUGGUUGGUGUUAAUUGGCCACAGAGUGUCCAAGCGAUCCUGGGAUCCAGCAGCCUGGCAAACUCCACUGGGAAAAUCCAUCAACACAGGAGGAAGAUCUACACUCGGGUUUUCAGCUAUGCUGCUCUAGAGAGUUACUUGCCACGGAUCAGCAACGUGGUGGUGAAGACAGUGAGAGACUGGUGUGCCAGGGAAGGCCCUAUCAGGGUCUAUCCAGAAAGCAGGAAGCUCACCUUCCGGAUAGCUCUGGCUGUUCUGCUGGGAUCGUCACCGGCUGAGGAGGAGAUGAUCGAUCUGCUCACCACCUUCGAGCAACUUACCAACAACAUUUUCUCUUUGCCCCUGGAUCUCCCAGGCUCGGGUUACCGAAAGGGGAUACAAGCUCGGAACAGACUGCAUGAAUACUUUGGAAGGGCCAUAGAGGAUAUGCUUCAAUCUACUCCUGAAUAUCCAACAGCACUGGGAAUUCUGAUACAGAGCAACAAAGAACAUGGGACAGAUAUAAACACACAGGAACUGAAGGAGGCGUUGGUGGAUCUGAUGUUUGCGUCGUGCUCUACAACCGCCAGUGCGUGUACGUCCCUUGUCCUGCAGCUGCUGAAGAAUCCGGAGAUCCUUGCCAAGUUGAGGUGCGAUCUCCAGGCGAAAGGAUUCCAGUCUGAAAAUGCAGCAAUGCUGCGCCUUAGCGAAUUCAGCCACCUGCAGUACCUGGGCAAUGUAAUCAAGGAAGUGCUGAGGCUUUUGUCCCCUGUAUCAGGGGGGUACCGGGUGGCACUGCAGACCUUCGAGCUGGGAGGUUUUCAGAUUCCCAAAGGAUGGAGUGUCAUGUACAGCAUCCAAGACACACACGACACCGCCCCUAUAUUUCGACGGCCCGAAAUAUUCGAUCCAGACAGAUUUGCUAAUGGGCUGACAAAGGGCAAGGAUGCGCGCUUUCAGUACUUGCCAUUUGGCGGAGGCGUUCGACGUUGCCUUGGCAAAGAGCUUGCCAAACUCAUCCUGAAAGUCUUUGCCAUUGAGUUAGCCAAUAGUUGCCACUGGGAACUGGCCACCCGAACAUUUCCCAAGAUGCUGACGGUGCCAGUGGUUCACCCAACAGAUGGGCUUAAAGUACAGUUUACAGCUCAGCCCCGCAAAAAGAGUGCAGCUACUGAGGUUAACUUGGCGUAG